AGGCAGGACCGCUUUCUCGCUGCGCAGGACGGCGCCCGCCUGGCGCCGCUUCCCGCCCGGCGUGCGAACCCGCCGGGCCGCGCCUCCAUCCCUCCCCGCCGCGGUCCGCAAGGGGCUCGCAGAGCAGAGGCCGCAAGGGAGCUGGAGCCUCGGAGCCGCUUUUGCCGCGUUCUGCCGAGAGAAGCAAAGUUGCGGGCGGAUGCUGCCAGCGCCGGACCCCAGCCUCGGAAAGUCGGAACCGCCCCCUCUGGAGGAGCCUCGGUGGCGGAGCCCAGGUGUCCCCCACCUGAACGAAGAGCCAGGUCCUGAGUGAUGCCCCCGAGCUGAGUGCCCACGGCCCCACCCUUCCCCAUGGAGAAAGGAUUCACUUUGCCCCAGGACUGCCGACACUUUCUGCACAGCCUGAGAAUGAGGAGCAAAUAUGCCCUUUUCCUGGCUUUUGUGGUGGUGGUUUUUGUCUUCAUUGAAAAGGAAAAUAAAAUCAUAUCAAGGGUCUCGGACAAGCUGAAGCAGAUCCCCCAAUCGCUGGUAGAUGCCAAUAGCACGGACCCAGCCCUGGUCUUGGCUGAGAACGCAUCCCUCUUGUCCCUGAGUGAGCUGGAUUCGGCCUUCAAGCAGCUGCAGAGCCGCAUGCGAAACCUCAGUCUACAGCUGGGCAUGGAACCACCGGAGGAGGCGGAGGAGGAGGAGGCAGCCGGGGCAAAGGAGGAAGAGGCUGCAGCUGAGUGGGAACAGGAGCAGGAGGAGCCACGCCCACCCGCCGAGGCCCCGCCCCGGCGCCAUGUGCUCCUCAUGGCCACCACGCGCACCGGCUCCUCGUUUGUGGGCGAGUUCUUCAAUCAGCAGGGCAACAUCUUCUACCUCUUCGAGCCUCUGUGGCACAUUGAGCGCACGGUGUCCUUCGAGCAGGGGGGUGCCAACGCUGCAGGCUCGGCCCUGGUCUACCGCGACGUGCUCAAACAGCUCUUCCUGUGCGACCUGUACAUCCUGGAGCAUUUCAUCACCCCCCUGCCAGAGGACCACCUGACCCAGUUCGUGUUCCGCCGGGGCUCCAGUCAGUCACUCUGCGAGGACCCGGUCUGCACGCCCCUCGUCAAGAAGGUCUUUGAGAAGUACCCCUGCAAGAACCGCCGCUGCGGCCCCCUCAACAUGACGCUGGCCUCUGAGGCCUGCCGCCGCAAGGAGCACAUGGCGGUCAAGGCUGUCCGCAUCCGGCAACUGGAGUUCCUGCAGCCGCUGGCCGAGGACCCCCGGCUGGACCUGCGCGUCAUCCAGCUGGUGCGGGACCCCCGCGCGGUGCUGGCCUCCCGCAUGGUGGCCUUCGCCGACAAGUACGAGACCUGGAAGAACUGGCUGGCCAAGGGACAGGACCAGCUGAGGGAGGAGGAGGUGCAACGGCUGAGGGGCAACUGUGAGAGCAUCCGCCUGUCCGCCGAGCUGGGUCUGAAGCAGCCGGCGUGGCUGCGGGGCCGCUACAUGCUGGUACGCUACGAGGACGUGGCCCUCAGGCCGCUGCAGAAGGCCCAGGAGAUGUACCGCUUUGCGGGCAUCCCUUUGACCCCGCAGGUGGAGGACUGGAUCCAGAAGAACACCCAGGCGGCCCACGACGGCAUCUACUCCACGCAGAAGAAUUCCUCGGAGCAGUUUGAGAAGUGGCGCUUCAGCAUGCCCUUUAAGCUGGCGCAGGUGGUGCAGGCUGCCUGCGGCCCCGCCAUGCGCCUGUUCGGCUACAAACCCGUGCGAGAUGCUGCCUCGCUCUCCAACCGCUCCGUCAGCCUGCUGGAGGAGCGUGGCAUCUUCUGGGUCACGUAGGGGGCCCGGGGCGAAGAGCACCCCUCCUGGUGAUAGUCCCGUCCUGCCUGCCUCACCCAGGCGAGGGGGGAGACCACAGCGCCCGCAGUGGGCGGGCGGGAAGCGCAGGAAGCGGUGGGGGGGGAGAGUAGGCGGUGCCUCGGCUGUAGAAGUUCAGCCCCCAGCCUGCCCGCUUCCCAGGCCGCCUGCCCGCUGCAGCUGCCGGCCUGGGGCUUCUGCUGAGCACAAGACAGUGGCUGGUCCUUUUGAGGGCUGUCAGACCCAGACCGAAGGGAUGGUGGUCUCCUGAGCAGACCCAGGCUGGCCUGGGCCUACUGACAAUUCUUUCUCUCCUGUCUCUCCCAUACACACACACACACACACACACACACACACACACACUCUCUCUCUCUCUCUCACACACGAAACAUACAUGAAACAGGCAUAGAUGCCCCUAGACCCUGUGGGCCCGAGUCCACAAAUACAUAACAACCAGAAGGAGUUCAGGGCACUAACUAGUGGUCGUCAGACCCCCCUGCUGUGCUCAGUGUCAAUCUUUUAGUUUCUGAAUUUCUCCUUAAUCUGGUGUGCCUGGAUGGGACCUUGGGGAGGGGUGAAAUCAGCUCUACAGAGAACUACGAAACACACAUACACAUGUAAAGACAAACACCUACACUCAAGCCACACACACGGAAAAACAAAAAAACCCACAAACACAUGCACAAACAUAUACACAGAUAAGCUUCUCCAUUGCUCUAUGUUCACAGGGUUUAUCUGUAUCACCUACCAUAGAGGAGCCUUUAGUUACAUUUGUAGAGUUAUCGUGGGGUGGUAGAACAAUACCGUCAUGGACCAUGACCCUGGUCCCCAUCCAAGUUUGAGGUUGAAUGUGGAUACAGAACUGCCAAGUCCAUGCCUCUGCCCACAUUAGAUUCUCGUGGCUACCUCCUCUGACCCAGUCACGUCCUUGCUGCGAGCAGGCAGCACGUUUCCAAAUGGGCAACCCUCAUGUGAUUGUAGCCCGAAGGCCUGGUCCCAGCUCAGCUAGCUCACUGAGAGAACGUCCAUAUGUGAAGGCUGCAUCAGGCCUGACUGACAGGAGCAUCUGUGGUCCCAGGAGGCAAAAGGCUGCUCACAAAGUUCUGUCAUUUGCAGCCAGGCCUCUGUGGGGCAGGGCCCAGAAGAAAGUACAGGGUGCUCUCAAGGGAGAAGUCACAUUAGGCUACCCCUCCGCUAAGACGAUGGGACAGAGGUCAGCCACAUGGUUGAUUGUCAUGGUUAUGUGGUUAGUGUUCAGAAUUCCUCCUUUAGGGCCCUGGGAAAAGUAUUGCUCAAUGUGGGAUGAGCUGAGUGUUUUUUUGUUUGUUUUUAAGUUAUUUAUGGUUUAGUCUCUCGUUUGGAGGCAGUGUUUUCAGGUUUGCUUCUGCAGGAGUGCUGCUUGGAAGGAGUUUGGGCUUGAGGGGCUGAGGGGGGCUGGGAGGACCACUGGGGAGCCCUCUGGCUCCUGCUGAAGGGAGAGGAGGAGGAGGAGCCUUCCCCCAGAAGGAUCAGAGCCUAGGUGGCCACAUGGCAGCCCAUAGUGCCCCACAGCUUCCCUGUUUGAACCCAUGUGGAACAAAUCUCAGAAACCACCAGCAUUCUUUGCUGCAUGUCCAGAGGCAGCAUAAAUUAGCAGACCUCACCCCCUCCCCCAGAAACCAGAUUUGAAAAUCUCUCCCAGGUCCUAACAUAUUUCGGGGGGAGGGUCAGGGGCCUAUGACCAAGCAACACAUGUUCCCAAAGUGCAAGCUUUUCCCCACUCCCAUCCCAAACCAGGGCAUGGAACUCAGUACCACCUCAGAACUUGCAGGAAACGUAACAGUUCACUAAGGGCUGCCGCUGAUUUCCUGGACAACCUCUGUAUCAGAUCCGUCCCAUUGUCAAGCCUAGAGGGCUGAGUUUUGUUUUGAGUAUUAGGACAGCAGAGAAAUACAGACUCUGAGUCCAGCUAUUGUUGCCAUAGGGAAGGGAGGGCUGUGAACUGGCAGGAAGCCAGCCUUUGAAAAGGUGAGGACAGCAGCCAUCUUGUGGGAUCCGCUGCAAUUGGUGCAUUUGAGCUGCUGAGUCUCCAGCAUCAUGGGUUCAGCCAGUCAAGGAAGUCUCUAGGUUUUCUAGUCCAAGAACUGUGCAGGGAGCUGGCUCUAAUUUGGGGUCCAAAGGUACUCCAGCUCUGAAAACUUGAUUCUGGGGCCGAAUGGAGCCAGGAUGUCUCUGGCAGGCCCAGAAGUGCUUGGCCAUUCUUCCCCAGCCCCUGCCCUGCUCCCUUUACUGUUCCCCACGUGGGUGGGUGGGAGGCAGGCACCUCUAUCGGGGCCCUUCCUGGGGGGGCCCUCCUAGUGUGGACAGUGGACUUCUUCCUUCUUUCCUUCCUAUGUCUCUGGGGCCACAGCCUCCACCCCUGAGCUCUGAGGACUGUGCCGAGAAUGGACCUUUGGGACUUCUCAGGACAUUGACAGUUUGUUUGUACACUGCAGGUUGACUUAAUUUAUUUAUUUUGUGAAAAAGAAGAGACAAAAUAUUUUAUUAUUUGCAGAGACUCAAAGCUGUACCCAAAUCAAGAAAGACAAAACAAUAAUAAUAGAAACCAUCCACUUCGUACAUACAAGGACACUCCAAGAUGAUUCAGAAUACACGAGAGGACAGAACUGAGAGCAUGGGAGUCGCGAUGGCUGCAGGGUAUUUUUUUUAGCUCAGUUUCCUCUCGUUGACUCGACGAUGCAACAGUAAGGCCCUUUCUGCUGUAUUACCUUUGCCCAGGUGUCUGAAAUAGGACGCAACUCAAGAGAGUGUGGCCUUGGGCUCCGCAAUGCUCUGGGAACCCUUGGGGAUUAAGGAGGAGAGGGUGCGCUGACUCCUUGGGACCUGGUGGGUGUCAUGCCUGAGGGGUUUUCCGCAGGGAGCUGGGCUGGGGAAGGUGGGCCCGCUGGGAGCUAGUGCCUCCUUUCCAGCGAGGCCAGCCCUGGUUCUCUGGUUGCGCUGGCUCCCCCCAGGAGCCUUCCCCUCCGCAGCACCCACCUGCCUGGAGACAGAGGGAGUGUUGAGGCCUCACCUCUGCCAGCUGCCAGCUUCCCCGGAACAAGAGGUUCAUUCAGCAAUGAGCGUUUACUCAUUUUCUUUUUUCUUCAUGAAGACCUCUUUAGCCCUGCCUAUAAAAAUAGUUCAGACCAUUUCAAGCCUUGGUGAGACAGGGCAGUGUCUAACACCCUCAGGCCGUCGCCACUGCUGCCCAUUCCUGGCUUCUCCUCUGAACGUUGUUUAUAAACCUUGGAAUGGCUGAGGACACGGGAAGAUGGAUCUUUGGGAGCAGACUUUUUUUUUCUUUUUUGGUGGAGGGGCAGGAUUCCUGAGUCCCAUGGAGAGGGAAAAAGAAGAGACAGAUGUGCAGAUCUCUGUAAUAGCUACAGGUUAUCACAAAGUUAUUACUAAGGUUAAGAGAUGUGGGUAAACACUAGCCUUUUGUUCCUGUAUGUGAUGCACUCACUUGAAAAUAAGUAACAAAACGAACAGGAAAAAGUGUUUGUCUGCCAGCUCUCUCAACCCGGGAGCUAUGCCCUAGGCUGGUCUAAGGAGGCAGCUGCUGACCAAACCCCUAACAGAGCCCACCCAACCCAUGACAACAGCGUCUUUCCCUUCCACCUCUGCUCUCUGAACAAGCUCCAGAGGAUCCUUGUCUCAGAAGAUGUAUGUGUGGCCUAGACAGCAGAUGGGAGAUGUAAGCAUCAGACAGUCUGGCCCUGACUGUGAAAGGUCUCUUCUAGCCCUGGUCCUGUGUUAGUUGAUUAUGGGCCCUGCUCCAUAAUAAAUAGGCCCUGGAUUAGGAAGGACAGAGGCAGAGGACUGGAUAGCUGUGUCCCCAAGGCCGUCCUUUCUCACACCCACCCCCAAAGGCUGAAAGCAAAGGUGGGUCUCAGAGGGAUAGGUUUCUGCAGCAGGGAGGGAGGCGGGGUGGGGUGGGGGAAGAGAUGCCUGCAGAAGCCAAGUAGAUCUUGUCGAUCUGCACAAACUUAACAAAGGAACCUCCUCUGAGAUCCAAAGGUGAUGGGUUUUCCUGUGAAGAUGCCUAGGACAUGGUUCAGCUAGAAGGGAGGGAGGAGGCCCAGGGUUUCCCAAAUGCAGCCAUAUGGCCUUUCAACUGCCAUGGUUUCAAGAAGAGUGGAAGCUGCUCUUUACCUCAGAAGGUUGAAGCAGAAUUGGCAACUGCAGAUGUCUUAAGAACUUCAAGAUCCUUUGGUCUUGUGACCUGUGUCAUUCCAUACUAUGCAUGGGGAUUAAUUAGUCAUGUUUCCAAGGGACAUCUUCAGGGCCUAGUUCAUAUUGUAGACCAGGUAUUUUAUUUGUAUUUGUCAAGUAAAGACCUACGUACCUUGCUUCUUUUAACAUUGGGCUUGAACUGGGCUCCCCCUAACAUCUCCAUUUCAUCUGUACUUUCUAAGCCAAGUCCGCCUGGUUCCCCUACUCCCUCCCAGAUCCUGCCAACGCUUACUCCCAAGCUUACUCCCAAGACGUCAGCCCUCUGUCAUGUUUCAUGGUCACAUGGUACAGGGCACCCCCUUCACGGUAAUGUACAUAUGUGUUCACACGUGUAUGUGUAGCACGUAGCUCAGUCUGCUCAGCCACGUUGCUCCCAGCCCCAUCGCCAUCAAUGUCCCAGGUGUUCUUGCCGUGGCUACAAUCUCCUGGAAACACAGGGGCUGUCCUUCCAUGAACUGGUGACCACGGCCAAUCAGGAUCUGCUUUGCAGAACAGAAUGUGAACCCAUCACUUUGAUGGCUUACUUGAUUUAUUUAAUUAAAAAUGAAAACAUGCAAUGAGCAAAAUC